ACACAAGAGCAGCAGUAGUCCUUCUUGCACGCCCACUGUGUUACACAAAGUUUAUGAUUUCAAGAUCAUUCCGGUCAUAGAAGGCCAUCGAGACUUCUCUCGUCCUCGCAUAACAUCGAGCAGCUCUUCGACCUGUCAGUUUGCAUUGAAAGGAUGUGGAUUCCUAUGCUGAGUUUGACUGCCCUGCCACACGUUGGUGGGAUAUUUGGAGGUCUCAUCACACGGAAGGAGGUGAAGACCUGGUACACCACGCUCAAUAAACCCUCAUGGAGGCCACCUAAUGCUGCCUUUCCAGUGGUGUGGACCACUCUCUACACUGGCAUGGGCUACGGUUCAUACCUUGUGUGGAAAGAGCUUGGAGGCUUCAGCCAGGAUGCAAUGGUGCCACUGGGGCUCUAUGGGUUGCAGCUGGCACUUAAUUGGGCCUGGACUCCCAUCUUCUUCGGAGCACACAAAAUUAAACUGGCAAUGAUAGAGAUAGUGAUGCUGAGUGGCACAGUGGCAGCCACAAUGGUGUCUUGGUAUCCCAUCAGCCGCACUGCAACACUGCUCAUGGUACCAUACAUGGCUUGGCUCUGCCUAGCUACCUGCCUCAACUACUGCAUUUGGAGAGACAAUCCAGAUCCCAAAAAAGACGACUAAAGAGGCCAAUAAAAACUAACACCUUUCUAACUAACACAACUGACUAGAAAACUACUUUAUUUUGCUUGUUGGCCAUUUGAAGUUACUAUUUAAUUAUGAAAGAUUUUUUUUUAAACUUUACUUACAAGUUUAUAAUAUCAGAAAAUUCACCAUGUCUUAAUUAUAAGAGCAGGAAAGGCUAUAAAAUGAGAAUGUUCUAAUGCUUCCAUAAUUUUUUUCACUUAAGCUCAGCAUUUUACACAGAUCAGUUUAUAGGUUCUUCCAACUUAAAAUGUUUAAUUAAAAUAAAUAAAUGUUUGUUUGUCUUCUUGCCUAUUUUUAUGAAUAAAAAAUUAUUUUAAC